UCUAAAAUUUGAUGCUUGCACUUGAGAGUUAAUCAUCUUUCCUUGUAAGGAAAAGAGAAACAAUGUAUUUUGGUUCAAAAGUUCACAGAGGAUUCAGUUCCUGUCUGCAACAAAGUUUACAUAAAGCUUCUUGGAAAUGAAAGAUGACAUGGACUUUCAUAAUACUACACUACAUUUUUUUUUGAAAUUCUCACGACUUACUUCAUUCAAUAGUUGUGACAAUUGUUGUGUUUGUGGUAUUUCAGGAUCUUACUUGGCAAAAGUAAAGUAAUAAAUGUAUUUCCCCAUUUGGUGUGGUGGAUAACAAGUCCUAAAUCCUUAAGCCUGGUUUCUCAGAAAUUCUUGUUUAUUAAUUUACUUGCUCCAGUGGCUUGGAAACUUUAUUAAAUAUAAGAAUUACCCAGGACUUUAAAAUUUAAGGCUGUCUUCUUGUAGGGUUAGAGAUUAAACCAAUGAGUUCGUGCAUGCUUACCGAGCAGUCUAUAGCUCCCUUCUUGACAAGAAGAUAGAGAUUCUUGUUACCAACUCUCUCCCCAAGAUUCUGGCUCUAGUACCUUACCCUUAAUUUACUUUUCGAUAAUCUACUGAUUUUACCCGUUGAGAUUCUAAAAAGACAAUCGAUUCAUUCUAGGAGUUAUAACCACUGGCUCCUACAUUGUGGAAUUUACUUGGUACAAAUGCCGGCAUCUUGAGUUUCACAGGUUGGCAGGUGGGGGGGAAUAUACUAAUUUCCAUAAAGUUUGAGACAAUGUACUAAGUGGAUUCCUGAGACUCGCCAAAAUUAUUUCCAGCAUUACCUGUCUGGAGCUCCAGAACCCCAGGAAAAGGUGCUCAGCCCAUCGCAAUCCAAUGUUUGAAAGUUACAUUUCAACAGGGGUGGGUUGUAAACCGCAGUCAUCACCUCUGCUCAACUUCCCGCCCUGUGUGUCCUACCCAGAAUGUAUCACUGGAUGAGUAGGGGAGACUGCCACGUACUGGGCACAGUGGCUGCUGUGGCUGCGCCAGCGAGCUGCGCCCAAGACUGGAGGACUCGCUGGCGGACCCGGCUGGGGGCCUUCGCUGGAGGCCGCGCGCGGCGGGCGGCCAGGACGCAGAGCCGCCUGACGCUCCCCCAGGCGCAUUGUGUGCGAGCCGGCCUCAGGGACAGCAGGACUCAGGGGGCAGUUCCACGAGGAAAGACAGGACACGCCUUAGCCUGGGCAAACACCCGGCCUCUUCUGGCUUGACGCCAGCCAGACGCCGUCCGCCACCUCGCCAGCUCCGCCAUCGCCAGGCCUCAAGCUUGGCAGCUCCAAGGCGCGGUCCCCAGGCACCCAGCGCUGGCGGCGCGGCCGGGACCGGACGGAUGUGGCGCAUGCGUGGUGGCACCACGCGACGCGGGAGCUGCGGCGGCGGCGGGGCAGGCCGCAGGCCAGUCCGCCAGGGCCGGGCUCCUGAGGGCGGCGGCGGCGGCGUGGGCUGGAGAGGCCGCGCGGGCGGUUCCCGCCAGCAGCUGGAGGAGCGCUUCGCCGAUCUGGCGGCCAGCCACCUGGAGGCCAUCCGCGCGCGGGACGAGCGAGACCGGCAGAACGCGCGGCUGCGCGAGGAGAACGCCCGACUGCGGCUGGAGAACCGGAGGCUGAAGCGCGAGAACCGCAGCCUCUUCCGUCAGGCUUUGCGGCUACCCGGCGAGGGCGGCGACUGCCCGCCCGCCGAGGCGCUUCCCGGCCCGGAGGACGCGGGCACGAACCGGGGGGCGAGUGGCGGCGGCCAGGACGAGGAGCCCGGCAGCCCCAGGGCCCUGAGGGAGCGGCUCGAGAAACUGGAGGCCAUGUACCGCCGGGUUCUCCUGCAGCUGCACGUACAGCAGCAGGCUCGGGCCUCGCGCGGGUACCAGGACGAGUCGCCUCCGCGGGAACCCCAGGCCUACCUCCAUGCUGGGGACUCAGAACCCGCUGGGCCUUGGCUGUAGCCCUGGAGCUUGGCUGGGGGCGGAGCCUGGAGGCGGGGCUCGUGAAGGCCCCGCCCCCUGAGCGCGCAGAACCAGGCUGCACUCAGUCUAGGAAAAUCAGAAUGCUGUGUCCGCCCCGCCCACUUCGGCGUUCCCACGCCCAAUUCUGCGUACGCCACGCCCACCUCCCGGCAGGCCCCUCCCGCCGACUCUUUCUGGUGCAUCUUCACAAGUGGAGCAUCUAACUGUGGUGCUCUACAGACCAGAGGCCUAAUGAUGCAAGGGUGGGUUUUACAACCGGAACUGGCUUCUGAUGGGCACUUUUUCAGUCUUCAACUUUUCUAAGUGUUGUGAAAACUGCUUUAUCUUUGUUUUCUCUAGUUUUGACUCGAAAAGUGAGUUGCUUAAGUGUAUUGUACAUUCUUCAGUCCUUCCAGUUAUUUACUAUGUGUCAUGGCAGACAUUUUGCAUAUUUUUUAUAGAUUGGUAUUAAUUGGAUGUCCAAUGAAGUAUCCAUCUUUAUUUUAUGAAGAUCAUUUAUAACUUAUGAUUGCUCAUAACUCCAAUGCACACACGCCUUAUACAUACAUACUGAUUUAUCCAUGGAGAAUUUUUAAGGAAUCUGCUCAUAAGGUGAUUGUUUUGAACUGGUGAAUAAAAUC